AGGAACUAGUCUUCGGAUGAGAAUUGAUAAGUUUAUUGUUUAAGCCAACUACUAGAAGAAGCGGUCUUUUCCAACUUGUUGUCACAUGGACUUAUUUAAGCAGUAUUCAGUUAAGAUCUUGGAUUCAUGGACAGCUCUACGUCUUGGAUUAAAUCAAGAAUCUGGAGGUCCUUAUACACAGCAAAAGAUAAAGACUUUAUAUGAAUGUUUACCGCAGGUCGUUUCGAAGUCCAAAUACGAAGAUGAAAUAUGCGACUUCUUAGAAGAUUAUCUGGAUGAUGAGCUGAACAUAAUAUGUGAGGAUGCCUCACAUGAAGAAGUUGCACAUCUUUUAUUUGAGGGGAUUCAGUUGGUUCGUAGUAAAAACACUGCUGAGCUGCAAAAUAAGAUCAGUAAUUUGACAACGGGUUGUGAUCUCAAACAGUGUGAAGGUAAGGUAGUAGCAGCAGAAGAGGUGGAAGUGGACGAAGAAAUGGACGGUUCAUCUGGUACAGGGUCUGAAUCAGAAGGCGAAAACGUUAUUGAUAUGGAAUAGGAACUGCGUAUUAUGAUAUUGUGAUUUAAUUGUACAUAUUUAUCAGUUAUUUGCCGAUCUUCUCUUCAGUUUUGCUACUUUUAAAUAUAGAUAAAAUGCACUGAACUUGAUACC